AUGACUUCAUACAGAACAGUCUCAGAUACAGCCAAACAGUCUCAGAUACAGCCACACAGUCCCAGAAACAGCCAAACAGUCUCAGAUACAGCCAAACAGUCUCAGAUACAGCCAAACAGUCCCAGAUACAGCCACACAGUCUCAGAUACAGCCACACAGUCCCAGAUACAGCCAAACAGUCUCAGAUACAGCCACACAGUCUCAGAAACAGCCACACAGUCCCAGAUACAACCACACAGUCCCAGAUACAACCACACAGUCUCAGAUACAGCCACACAGUCCCAGAAACAGCCACACAGUCCCAGAAACAGCCACACAGUCCCAGAUACAACCACACAGUCUCAGAUACAGCCACACAGUCCCAGAAACAGCCACACAGUCCCAGAAACAGCCACACAGAUACAACCACACAGUCUCAGAUACAGCCACACAGUCCCAGAAACAGCCACACAGUCCCAGAUACAACCACACAGUCUCAGAUACAGCCACACAGUCUCAGAUACAGUCACACAGUCCCAGAUACAACCACACAGUCUCAGAAACAGCAAAACAGUCUCAGAUACAGCAAAACAGUCUCAGAUACAGCCACACAGUCCCAGAUACAGCCACACAGUCUCAGAUACAACCACACAGUCUCAGAUACAGCCACACAGUCUCAGAUACAACCACACAGUCUCAGAUACAGCCACACAGUCCCAGAUACAGCCACACAGUCCCAGAUACAGCCACACAGUCUCAGAUACAGCCACACAGUCUCAGAUACAACCACACAGUCUCAGAAACAGCAAAACAGUCUCAGAUACAGCAAAACAGUCUCAGAUACAGCCACACAGUCCCAGAUACAGCCACACAGUCUCAGAUACAACCACACAGUCUCAGAUACAACGACAUAGUCUCGGGUACAGCCACAGUCUCAGACACAACCACAUAGUCCCAGAUACAGCCACACAGUCUCAGAUACAGCCACACAGUCCCAAAUACAACCACACAGUCUCAGAAACAGCAAAACAGUCUCAGAUACAACCACACAGUCUCAGAUACAGCCACACAGUCCCAGAUACAGCCACACAGUCCCAGAUACAACCACACAGUCUCAGAUACAACCACACGGUCUCAGAUACAAACACACAGUCUCGGGUACAUAUAUGUGGCAGUGUUGAUAAUGAAAUCUCAGGGAGCUACAGAAUCCUUCCCACAGUUCACAGAUUUGCUCAUAUCAUCCGUGUAAAUAGCAAAGGCCAUUUCAUCUCACAUUGGGGUUAUGAUUCACAUAACUCUCAUGUAUUGGAGCGUCGUCGUCGCAGUGUCCAACUAGAUAAUCAUUUGUACCUCAACAUAACAUCAGACAUUGAGACAUUUCAUGUUAAACUCUCUCACAAUUCUCACUUACUGGCCCCUGGGUUCAAAGUCUAUCUGCGACAUGGAAACAACAUUACAAACUCCAUGGAAACAGAGAGUUCGUCGCACACUGAUGAUUGCAUGUACAGUGGGGACAUCAUCUCCCAUUCUUCCAAAGUGGCAUUGGCGCUCUGUCGUGGAGUGACAGGGAUUCUACGGUUGCCAGAUGAAGACUAUGUCAUAGAACCAAUGCCUGUAAAUUUUGAUGUUAGAAACAUAUCUACCUCUCAACAACAUCACCAUGAACAUCGUCGUCAUAACCAUGGAUACAGACUUCCUCAUGUCCUUUACAAAAUGUCUGCUGUCCAUGGCCAUGAACCAAGAUAUUAUGAAGCUCAAAAUUAUGACAAACGUUCAAAUGCAACAAGGACGAAAAGAUCAUCUACUUCUCAGAAUCUACAACAGAACUUGUCACAUGAGCAACAACGUCAGGAAAAAUUGUCACAUGAACGUCAACGCCAAGAAAGGUUGUUACAUGAGCGACUUCGUCGACAGCGGUUGUUGCUUGAGCGACAGCGUCAAGAAAGGUUGUCAACCGAAAGACGUCGACAGGAAAUGUUGUUGCGCGCUCGACGUCAACAAGAGAGGUCUAGGUCAGAAAAUGCCAGGCGGCAGCAGGAGAGAUCAUCAAAUAGCAGACGACAAGCGGAAUCGUCAUCUGCCCAACGCCGAAAGGAGUUCUCACGCACAAAAACUGUCGAAACUCUUGUGGUUGUAGAUCAACAUGUGUAUAAAAAACAUGGACGCCAGAAUGUGACUACUUACGUCCUCAGUAUGUUUAACAUGGUGUCACAGUUGUUCUUAGAUGACAGUCUUGGAUACAAAGUCAACAUUGUAUUGGUUGGGCUUAUUAUCAUGGAUGGAUCUGAGCCUGGACUUAGCAUUAGUCACAAUGCUGACAACACACUCAAUAGUUUCUGUCAGUGGCAAGCUGUAAUAGGGGGAAAACGGCACCGACAACAUGACCAUGCUAUUCUCCUAACGGGACUGGACAUCUGUGCCUUACGAAAUGCUCCUUGUAAUACUCUAGGAUUUGCACCGGUGAAGGGGAUGUGCAACAGACUAAGGAGCUGUAGUGUUACAGAAGAUUCAGGGCUGGCUACCGCAUUCACAAUUGCUCAUGAAAUUGGACACAAUUUUGGAAUGCUUCACGAUGGAACAGACAAUUUCUGUCGGCCUCAUGCUGGAACAAUCAUGUCCCCGACACUCAGCUCCAAGAGCGGCAUAUUUCAAUGGUCUCAGUGCAGUCGUAACUACCUUCAUAGGUUCUUCAACACAAUCCAGUCAAGUUGUUUAGUUGAUGAACCACAGGCUGUGGCCGAGUUGAAGUUCCCAGAUAAACUACCAGGAGAAAUCUUUAAUGCCGAUACACAAUGUCGGUGGCAAUUUGGGAAGCAUGCAAGACUGUGCAUUUUUGACUUUGGAAAGAGAGAAAUUUGCCAAAAGCUGUGGUGUUACAAGAGUGGGAUGAUGUGUGAAACCAAAUUCCUCCCAGCAGCUGAUGGGACCUCAUGUGGUGCUGGUAAGUGGUGUCGACAAGGUCAGUGUGAGACAUACGGUGUACGUGGUCCUCUUCCAGUAAAUGGACAGUGGUCUGCCUGGUCAGAGUGGUCAGCUUGCUCAAGGACAUGUGGUGGAGGUGUCAAAGGUCGAAAGAGGCAGUGUAAUGAUCCAUUGCCACAGUAUGGGGGUGAACCAUGUAAAGGAAAUGACAGCAUGAGUAAGCUGUGUAACUUACAGAGUUGCGCGGAGGACAGUGUUGACUUCCGCAGUGUCCAGUGUAAAGGAUAUGAUGACAAGGCAUUCCGAGGAUGGCAUUAUAAAUGGAAGCCUUACAAACGUAUAUUCGAUGUACAAGACCAGUGUAAGUUAUACUGUCAGGCCAAUGGAUACAACUUUUUCUACGCUCUUGCAAAACAAGUGGUUGAUGGCACGCGCUGUAAUGAUUACUCCAACGACAUAUGUGUUCAAGGCCAGUGUCGUUCUGUCGGAUGUGACCUUGUAGUUGGAUCUCCUGCCAAGAAAGACAUCUGUGGAGUGUGCAUGGGUGAUAACUCCACUUGUAAUGUGUUUGAAGGCAUCUAUGAAAGUCAACCAGAAAGAAAUCGUUAUUUCCCAAUUGUCGUCAUCCCAAAAGGAGCGCGUAGCAUUGUCCUACGUGAGACAUCACUCUCUACAAACUACCUCGCCCUUCGUAACAUUUUUGGCAAAUACUACCUCAAUGGUGAUUGGCAUUUGAGCACAGAGGGAUCUUACACAGUGGGAGGGGCUAGAUUUAUUUACAAACGAAGCUAUCGAGAACCGGAGAGACUGGAGUCAGAUGGACCUCUCUCAGAGGACAUUGUCUUGGAGUUGCUGUCACAAGGUGUCAAUCCAGGGAUAUCUUACCAGUAUGCCAUGCCCAAGGUUUUACCAACCGUAUUUGCAGUUCCCCACAACCACACAUGGAGUGUGAAACUGACUCACUGCAGUGAACAGUGUGCCGGUGGUGUCCAGACAUCCACAGCUCACUGUUCUCGUGAGGAUGGAGAGGAAGUCAAUCCACGUCUUUGUGACUCGAGGUCAAGGCCACAGACAGGCGUGUCUUCCUGUAAUGUAAAACCUUGUACCCCAAGGUGGUUUACUGAGCCCUGGGGUGAUUGCACAAAAUCAUGUGGUGGAGGGAAACAGAAGCGUCGAGUAUUCUGUCGACAGAAAAUCUCUCAAAAGGAGGACCGUCGAGUCAGUAAACGCCGCUGUGACAAAAAUCUCCGCCCAGCCAAAAAGAUUGCAUGUAACACACAGGAGUGCCCACCAGCUUGGCAUAUGAAAAAAUGGUCCGAGUGUUCAACAACAUGUGGUCCUGGCACAAAGACACGAGAGGUGGCUUGUCGUAGUCGCACCAGUCGUGGUCCAAUAGAGCUUCCAGACAACAUGUGUCAACACCAGCCAGUUGUAGCUACAACUAGGAAAUGUCAAGUUGCCAAAUGUCCACCUGUGAUAACCUAUCAGUGGAUUGUGUCAUCUUGGACAGAGUGUACAUCGACUUGUGAUACUGGGGUUCGUACAAGGAAGCUAAAAUGUGGAAAACAGAAAAAUGGCCGUGGAUGGAAAAUGGACAGUUCUGCAAAAUGUCGGAAUGUUAUUCCUCCAGACAUUUCAUUGAAGGAAGAAUGUCAACUACCAGCAUGUCCCGUAAAAGAGCAUCCAUUUUGGUUCUCUUCACCUUGGUCACAGUGCUCAGUGUCAUGUGGUGCAGGGAUCCAGACUCGUCUAGUCCACUGUAUGGACAAGCAGACCCAGGGCCUUGCAUCCGGAUGUGCAGCCAGCACCAAACCAUUGUCUAGGCGGAGGUGUCAGACAAGAACCUGCCCAACACCAGAUCCCUUGUGUAUAGACCAGUUUCAGUGGUGUCAUCUGGUACCAAAACAUGAUAUAUGUAAUCACCAUUUUUACGGACGGAAAUGUUGCUUGUCAUGUAAAACCAAAUCAUGA